AUGAAGAAAUAUUAUGAGCAAAUGAUGAAAAGUAAAGAACAAACAAAGACCAAUCUGGAAUGGAUUGACUUAUCUAGUAGACUUCAACAAACAUAUACUAUAUAUAUACAAGAGAAGAGUAAAACAUAUGUAUUUGAAAGUGAAAAAAAUAAGCCUAUUAUUAAUAUUUUAAAAGAAUCUAUUCCUGAAGAACAUAAUUCGGAAAAAAUGUGUUGGAAAAGGGUUUAUGAUUUACUUUUAUCUUUAGUAGUUAGUGGUGAUAAAUUAAAAAUUCUUUUUGAGUUGUAUUACAAAAUGCUAAGAGAACUGAAUAUGAUUAUUAAUUAUCUACAAUCAGUAGAUAAAGAUGAAUUUGAAGACCUUAAACUUUAUUUUUUGAAUAAAUGCAGCAAAAUGAUAG